UAAAAUGAAACUAAAAAAAUAAAAUGAAGUUAAUAUGAUGAAAUAAUCAUAGACUAUGGCAGAUUAUUGCUUCACAAGAAAUCCAUUAUGUGUGUGCAAACAAUGAAGUGAUCAUUAUAGUUUAGAAGUUCAACCACCAAAGCUUGGCUUUUGAAAAAGGUAACCAAAUUGUUCUAUCCUGUUCAGUAAAUUUAUGGGUUUGGACAGGAAUUGCAUGGGCUUUGAACAGCAGAAUAGUAAAGAAAAGGGGUAAAGGAUGAACACCUGUCACAAAGGCUGUGGGUUUGGUUUCUUAUAUAAGAAUGAGGCCAAAGGCCAAGAAGUGUUCUCACAUUGAUUACAACAUCAUCUUUGUUUUUUGAAACAAACAACUCCGAAUCAAGUAAUUCAAAUUUCCAAAAUCCCUUCUCUUCUCUCCCCAGAUUACUAACUAUUUCAUUUCUCCUUCAUUGCACUGCUAGUUUUCUCUCAUUUUGAGCUCACAGAUUGCUUUCAUGGUGAAUGUAGCAGAUUGUUGAAGCUUUCAAUAAAAUGGUGGCUACUACUUGCAAAGAAGAUGGACAAUGGAGUGGAAAGAAAAUAGAAGCUGGAGAAGGUUUGAAGACUUUAGAGUGCUUAAGAGGAAGAUUGCUUGCAGAGAGACAAGCUUCGAGAUCGGCCAAAGAAGAAGCAGAGCUUAUGGGGAAAAAGUUGAUAGAGUUGGAGAAUCAGAUUAGAAAGGAGACAGAGGCAAGGAACAAAGCUGAGAGGAGGCUUAAACUCCUGAUGAAGAAGCUUGAAUCCCUCAACAUAGCCUCCACAUCAGUAACCUCACAAAAUUCAAAUUCAACAGAAAUUUCCACAAAUUCCUCAGCCACAAAAGAAACACAAGUCCAAGAAUCAAGAUCAGAGAGUCUCGUUUCAACAAUCUCGGACAAUAAAGGCGAGAAAGUUCAAGAAAUCAUCAUAGAUAACAAACCUAAUCAGAUCUCUCCAGAUCGAACCAAUUCAAGCCCUAACUCCAAAUCUCGAAACAAUUCCAGCACCGAUUCCCCCCGAUCCUCUCAAAUCUCUCAAGUAAAAUAUCAAAGCUUUUCAGCAGAAGGAAAGGAGAGAGAGAACGAACAUUACAUAGAUAAGGUGGCCGCGUCGGUCCCCGGAGCGGCACCGGCGGCGACGAAGAUGAAGAUGAAGAUGAAGGGAAUCCAUGAGAGGGGAACAGAAGUUCCUGAUGCUGUAAAGCAGCACGUCAUCAGAGGAAACGUCCAGAGGCCAUUUGAGAGAAGAAAUCAAAUGAAAGCCAUAAUGAGUAUGUAAAUUAAUUCUAUUUGUUGGAAUAUUUUUGUAAGAAUCUCAAUCUCUAUGUUAUAUUAUUAUA